AUGGCGAGCGGGGAAGAGGCCAGCGGACGCCCCUCGGUUACCUCCUCCUCAGUCGGGCUGGAGGAUCUGUUUCCCGCCGAGACCUCGGAGGAGAAGUGCCGGUACGGGAACCCGGAGCUCGACCGCCUGCAGGAGCGUCUCCAGGCUUGGUUGUCCCAGUACGAGCCCUUGUUGCUGUGGGUGCAGCGGCUGCUGGUGUGGGAGAGGCCGCUGUACAGCGUCUCCGCCGCCCUCACGCUCAACACGCUGUUCUGGCUGGUGUCCUCCACCUCUCUGCGGCCCCUGUUCCUGCUGAGUGUGUCCCUGCUGGGGUUGAUGCUGCUGGAGAGAUGGAAGCCCAAGUUGCCCAUCAUCACUGUCCAACCUGCAGAGGUUCAGCCUGAACAAAGUGAAACGCUGAGCUCGGAGCACCGUCUGCUCAGCGUUCCUGAGCUCAGCCACCACCUGACGGAGAGCUACCUGACCUGCUGCCUGUACCUGCAGGAGACCCUGCAGUACAAACGGAGGAACCACGGCAAGUUCUGCGCGAUGGUGUGCAGCGGCUGCUUUGUGCUCGCCGGGGUUGGACAUUACGUGCCGGGAAUCAUGAUAUCGUACAUUAUAGCUCUGAGCGUGCUGCUCUGGCCGUUGGUGGUGUAUCACGAGCUGAUCCAGAGGAUGUACACGGGCCUGGAGCCGAUCCUGAUGAAACUGGACUACAGCAUGAAGGGGGAAACUGAGCACCGCAAGCACGACAAGAGGAAGGUCAGGAAGGAGCUGGAAGAGGGAGGCGAGCCCCAAGAGGACACGGACAGCGAGAGCGAAGAGGACGAGGAGGAACUGUGCUGCUUUGCUCCGACGGUGGAUGUGAAAACUACGGCUCUGGCUAUGGCCAUCACGGACUCGGAGCUGUCGGACGAAGAGGCGUCUAUUUUGGAGAGCGGCGGGUUCUCGGUGUCCAGAGCCACCACCCCGCAGCUAACGGACCUCUCUGAAGACUUGGACCAGCAGAGUUUACACAGCGACCCCGAGGAGGCCUUCCUGCGGGAUCUCCCAGAGUUCCCUUCGGUGGAGGAGUUCCCAGCCAGCGAGCACAGCCUGCUGCACUUCCCCCCGCGAGGCUCGGCUCAGGGAGACGGGGCGCAGGCCGGCACCGAACCAGAGAAGGAACCGCUGAGUCCCGCCAGCCUCCUCAUCCAGCACCUGGCCUCGCCUCUGCACUUUGUGAACUCGCACUUCAACGGACACGGGCGGCCACCCGGCGCCGCGGACGGGGCGCAGAGGCCUGUGGCAGAGGGACGCGAAGCGGUGACCCAGGGAACCCAGCGCUCCCUGGAGGCGCUGAGCGAGGAGAUCGUGAGCACGGCCAUCUCCACCGUGGUGCAGAACACUCUGUCGGCCCUGCUGCGCUCCGGCGAGGCCAGCGAGGAGCCGUCCCUCGCCGAGUUCGUCCCUGCUGAAACCCCACCGGACCCUCUGGAGACCCCCACCCAGUCCACCAACGCCGCCGACACUGCAGCCGGGGCGCUGGAUCCCGACAGGGACCUGGACGAGGGGGUCACGACGGAAAGCAGCGCCGGCGAGGAGUUCCCUGACGACACGCUAGUCCCGACCGAGGAAGAGGACUUUGAGGUGUUGGACCAAAGUGAACUGGAGCAGGUGGACGAGGGGCUGGAGCCCGGCUCGGACGGAGAGGUGGGGGGAGCGGCUCCAGACACAACCAUAUCUCUACAUGCACAGUCAUAGCCCACACUCGUCCCCACAUGUAUCCCUUUUGUUUUUACUAUUCUCCGUUGAAACAACCUUAUUUACCCUCGUACACGACAAAUUAUUAUCGUUUUAUUUUGGCGGUAUCGUGGCAGGUGCCUGAAAACAUUCUGCUUUCGCAUUUCAGCGUUCUUCUCAGCUUCGGUAUCUGAGCUGUUUCACGUUCAGAAGAUGCUAUCUGGUGGAGGUCACACUAACGAAGCCUUACCGUCCCAUUGAACGGGACGUACGUUUGUUUUGUUUUCUUACAAGCUGGUACAGUUUACAGAUUAACGUAUCUGAGGCGUGCUCUGGUCAUAAUACAAGAUUACAGCCUUCAGUUGUAUUUGUUGAGCUGCUAACCCUUCUACUCCUACAUCGAGUCAUGGAUUAGACAUAAAUAAUGUAAUUCUUAAAUAUGCUGUCUCACCAAAACUAGCCCAAGUUUUUAUUUUCUCCGUUCAGUGAUUACAGGUUACAGAUAAAGGUAGAAUAAUCUGACCCUGUUGGGGAUUUAAUGCAGUUCCAGAGAUAAUGAAGGCUCCAGAUAAAAGUAAGUGGGCUUCAUUUUAUUUUUAAUUUGCACAUUUAUCAGUUGCAAACAAUCAAAUGCAUGAUCUCAAGCACAAAUAACGCAAUUUUCUUUUCAUGGUAUGUCCCCUUGGAGCAUUUUUUUUUUUUAAACGAAACAAACAUCUGAGCCAUGUGGCUGCUACAGUUGAGGCUUCGUUUGUUGCCCGUUGACUCGAUAAAACGGUUGUUGUUUAUUAUUGCAUAAAAAUCUAAAUCUGGUGAAGUUAAGCAUCCUGCGAACAAUUAGGAUGCAUUAGCUACCGGUUGAAUCCGUCCAAGCAGAUGUUAAUCUCAAUGGUACCCAACCGUGGUCCUUGUGGAACACCAUCCUGCAUGUUU